CAACACCUGAGAGUGGAUAUUUUACAUAACUUUAUUUAUUUUGGAUCUUAACUUCGUCAUACUCCGUUUCCUACAGAAUUUGUUUUCAACCGUGCUUUUGUUUUGGCCAAAGUUAAAUUGAAUGUAAAAUAUUUCCUCGUUUAUUAGUCAUUUUACGAAAUUAUAUAGGCAAUCUGUGUUGGCACAAUGUUUCCCUUCCAUUAUAUUAAUAAUUAGUAUUUGCUGUAGGCGUAAACGAUAUACGCAAAACCUUCUAAGACGUAUUAAUUUUGGGCUAACCUGCAGGCUGUAUUAUAAUUUACAGUAUUAAUACUGUUAUUUCAUAGGCGUUGGGAGCAUUAAUCAGGAUAGAAGUGACAUAGAAAAAUUCUGGCUGUUUGAAAUAUUGUUUUACAACUGAAAUUGAAAGUUAAAACUGGUUGUACUGCGGUGUUACAGUUUUACUUGAUUUUUCUAAACUUAGGCUAAACUCAGUCUAGAGUGUUAUGCAGUUGUGUUUGUGGCUCAUUUGUUAAAACUGUUUCUUUCCAGCUGCACAUAUUUUACUUUGUAAAAAUGUCAAUUUUUACACCCACCAACCAAAUUAGACUAACAAAUGUUGCAGUGGUUCGAAUGAAAAAAGGAGGAAAAAGAUUUGAAAUAGCAUGCUAUAAGAACAAGGUGAUGUCAUGGAGAAGUAAAGUGGAGAAAGACUUGGAUGAGGUUUUGCAGACUGAUAGUGUGUUCACCAAUGUAUCAAAAGGGCAAGUUGCCAAGAAAGAAGACCUUAUAAAGUGUUUUAAAACUGAGAAUCAGGUUGAAAUAUGCAAAGAGAUCUUAGCCAAAGGUGAACUUCAGGUUUCGGAGAAGGAGAGGCAAGCUCAAUUAGAAUCAAUGUUUAAAGACAUUGCUACAAUAGUAUCAGACAAGUGUAUUAACCCUGAAACUAAGAGACCUUAUCCUGUAAGCAUGAUCGAGAAGUCCAUGAAGGAGAUACACUUCUCAGUCAAGCCAAGCAAGAGUACGAAACAACAGGCCUUAGAAGUGAUCAGGCAGCUGAAAGAGGUCAUCCAGAUUGAGAGAGCCCAGAUGAAGCUGAGAGUAUCAAUACCAAAAGGCAAGAACUUCCGAACAAAAAUUAAAGAAUUAGCAACGGGAGUGGAUUCUGAGUCAUUAGAGAACGGUGACCUUGAAAUGGUAUUUUCAACUGAUCCAGGGAACUUCAGGAAACUAGAUGAUUUGAUAAGAACUGAAACUAAAGGAAAAGGUCAACUCGUGGUAGUGAGUUUAAAGGAGAUGCAGGAAGGAGAUGAAUUACUGGAGUAAUCCAUCCUGAGACUUUUCAUGUACAAAUCAUCCUCAAAACCACUUGUUAAAGAGAUAAAAAGUAUUUAUUGGAAAAUAAUUCUGUCAAGCUUCUUCAAUAAAGAUUGAGAUACAAAUUCUGAAAA